UCCUUAGUUUGCCAGCUAGAGACAAGCUUAAAGUGAUCUCCAAAGCCAUGACUGGGUUUGGUGUAUAGAAAACAGAAGAAUGAAAGGAGAAAGGGCCCAACAGUGGGUUUGUUUUUGUGGGUUUUUUUUUUUUUUUUUUUUUUUUGAGCUGUCAUGGGGCUCCUGACCUGCCCCUGAACUCCAACAGACAAGCUUUCUCUAAUUGACCCAGGCAAGAGAGGGGAGGGAUUGGAGGAGAAAGAUGGGAUAGGCAGGCCUGGGAAAGGUCACCUACCUGCUGGCUCCAGGCCAGUCUUGAAGGCGCCAGGGGUUCUGGCCCAGUGCAGCCCACAGGCCUCCAGCAGCCCGUGCACUCCAGGCUCUGACCACAAGGCCAGUCUGGAGGGAUGUGUGUGGGCAGAGUGAAGGGGCAGGGGUGGAGCAGAGCAUGGAUGCAUAGAACAAGAAAGAACAAGGACACUGCAGUCCCAUUGCCCUGGGAGCCAGCCCCAGCUUCAUGGCUCCCUGGGGACCUCACAGAGCAUCGAUAGAAGAUCCUAGAAGAACCACAGCCCCUGGCAGGUACUUUUCUUUCCAUGGGUUUUAAAGAGGCUCCACAGACGGAGGCUUCACAGACAGAGGCCAGAGGAGGUUGAGGCUUGGAAGCCACAGGGCCCUGUGGAAGCAGGGCAUCCCCCCACCCUCCUCGUUCUUUGUCCUCACUAUUUAAAGUCUAGGAUCAAGCUGGGCAUGAGACGGGUAAACAACCAUCUGAGUAAAGGUGAGUCUCCCAAGCCUUCCCAGAGUUGCGUGAGCUCAGAGGCAAGCAGGGAAAGCUGAGACAUGGGGUUUCCAGGCAGAGGAGAGGCUGCUUCCCUGCCAGGGCCACAGGCCUCUCCUCCCUCCUCUGGGCCCCUGGUGAAUCCCCAUGACUGGCAGGUCCUCAGGCUACUAGCUCCGCCCCUGCCCUCAGCAACCUUCAGGAGGCCCUCUUGACUCAGACUUUGCAUUGCACUCUAGUAAAAACCAGCCUGAACAGCAGGGGGUGGCACAGAAAAGAGGCAAGAAUGUGAGAUUUAUAGAGUGGUAGCAAGAGAAUAGAAAAUCCCAGGCAGCAGUUUCACAUGACCAGAAGAAGGAAACUUGAAAUAGCUGCAUGUGCCAAGGGCCAAUAAGUCCCUGAAAAAUAGGAUGAGGACCAAGCUGGCUACGACCAACCAGACACAACAUGGCGCUGUAUUUGAUGUAGGUUUCACCUAGGAUCUUAUUGUAUGAUCAGUAACGUAUGAAACCAUACACCCACCAGUGCCAAGACGGCUCCAGGAACACCUGUAUUUGGGUGUAAAUUGUGGCACCACGGUCUUGAGAAAUCUUUACCUUUUCCUGGAACCUUCAUGAAUAUAUACCCCUCUUUAGUUAAAGAAGCCCAUAAAGGUCAGCCCCAAACCUUGUAGGGCAUGAACACUCUCUUGAGGACCCCCACAUUCCUCUUCUUGAAUGAGUCCUUUCGCUUUGCCAAAAGUCUCCCUACGUUCAUGACUUUCUGACUCGUCCUUAAAUUAUUUCUGGCAAAGGUGUCAACAGCCCGGAUACUGAUCGAGGUCGAUAUCCCACUGGUCUUUGAGGACCUCCCCUAGGCCACCGGUAUCUGGCGGGGGUUAGGGACACUGAGGAUCAGGCUCCAGCAGGGCUGUCCACUGUGCCUGCAGAGGCAAGAAGGUUGGUCACAGGCAGCCCAGGGCAGGGAGUGGGGUAGGGAGGCUGGGGCCAAGGCCCACUCACGUCUUCUAAUUCCAAGUCUUCUAGUAUUUCCUCCGUGCUCAUCCGGCACAGCCAGAUCAGGUCACCCAAAGCAGUGACACCUCACAGCUACCAAGGCAUGGGGCCAGAGAGAAAUACAGAGUCAGGCAUCACAAGCCUCCUCCAGCCUCAGCCCUGAAUACCAAGAUCAGCACUUGGCUGCCCUGGCCUGGAUUGCACAACUGGGCACCCUCUUCCCAGAGCUGGACCAGGCUGGGGCCAGGGGACUGCACUCACCUAGGGCAUUGGCCCUCUAGGGGCAGAAGCUGCCCUGGUUCUUCCGGAAGGAACUCCUCUGGCAGAUCACGUGAGCCCUUAGGGGGCAGCCAGGGUUGGGGCAACACAAGGACCCGUCUUCAUCCUGUCCCAGGCAGCAGGCAAGUAAGAGACAAGGAGGGAGAGGGAGCUGGCAGCAAGCCCCUCUGUUCAGCAGGCACUGUUCUGGGCAUUACACAGCUCCAUCCCGUGAGGCAGGGGUGACUCUUAUUUGCAUCUUACAGACGAGGAAAUGGACGUGGGGGUUUAAAAUCCUUGCCCCCUGGGACUAAGCUGGUGAAGGUCCUGUGAGCAUCAGCAGCGAUUGAUUGAGUCACAGCCUCACCACUGCAGCCAGACCUGAACUUCCUCACAGCUCAGCAACACCCAGCAGGUCACUGAAUCUCCACAGAGCAAGUCCUCUACUCACAAUUAGCAGGAGCUCAGUAGAAGGCGCCCAUUGUCCAUUAUUUUAUUAACUAUUUCUUGGCCGUCAGCUCUGUGUAAGAUUUUGUUCUACAGCAGUGACAAGAGCUGCCCUCGGGCAGUUCAGUGCAAAGGUUGGGGUGGGAGAGACUAAUGAGAGCCAUAAAGACGAAGCAAGUAACAUAAAGUAUUCAGGAAAAGGAGCGGAUGGGGAAGUACAUAAGAGGUGCAAUUUAAUUUUAUAUUUUUAGAGACAGGGUCUUGCUCUUUUGCCGGGGCUGUAGUGCAGUGGAGUGAUCAUAGCUCACUGCAGCCUCCAACUCCUGGGUUCAGGCGAUCCUCCCACCUCAGCCUCCCCCAUAGCUGGUUCUACAGGCAUGUGCCACCAUGCCCGGCUUAUCAGAGCUGCAAUUUUAAAUCGGGAGCCUGGGAAGACCGCCCUGUGGAGGUGGCAGGUUAUCAAGACAGAAGUUGUAGAGAAGAACCUUCCAGUCAAAGGGAAAAGGCAGGUCCUGCUGUGCUCAGGAAUGGCCAGAACUACUAUCAUCCCAUCUUAGAGAUGGGGACAGGGCCGCAAAAGUGUCAGGGCGUUUCCUGAUUCCUCAACAAACAGCUGGAUCCGAAGUCGUCUGGAAGAUCGAGCCUCCGUGCCCGGGGCGGACCUCACCUGGAGCGCGUGGGCGCGCAGGGCGCACAGGCCUCUAGGUCCCAGGGUCCGGCUCAGGCUCAGGCUUGGAGUCAGCAAUGGGACCUGCGCGGCGCCCUGGGGCAGAGGAGGCCCGAAGGCCAGUGGCCAGUGCGGUGCGGCGGGAGGAGGUCGGGGCGCAGCAGGAAAGGGAGGCCCGCACAGAGCGAGGGUGCCAGGCCCACUCCAACCGCGGCAGGGUAGGGGGGCAUCAGGGCGGCUCCGGGCGGGUGUCGGACCCUAAACCCCGGCCACUAGCGGCCGCCCGGUCUUCUUCCUUACUCGAAGGGCGGCACGGCGGGCGGGAAGCUGUGCACCAAGAGCGCUAUCUCCCUGGGGAGGAGAACGGGAAUAUCCCGCCGCGCUCCACCGCGAGUCCCUUCCAAUCCCACCCGAAAGCGAGGUGCUCAUUCCCGGCUUCAGCAGAGUCCCAGGCCCCGCCCCUGCCUGAAGUCACGCCCCCUGCACCUGUCCACCUCAGGCCCUGCCUCCCUCCCAGGUACCCACCCACCUGUCCCCCAUCCUCUCCCUCCUGCGCUCCAUCCGACCCCAGCGUGCCCACCAAGACCCCUACGCUGGACUCCAGCCUGGGUCAUCACCCCGCCCCAGCCCGCUCCUUCCGGGAAUUCCACCGCCGAGAUUCCCAGCGCACUGGCUCCCCGUCACGCGCCUCCUCUGCGACAGGCCUCGUCCCCUCCCCAGACGCCCCACCCUUGUCACAGGCCUGGCGGGUCCCUCUCAUCAGGCCUGUGCCUCGCGGGGUCCGCCGCCUUCUCCAGGAAGCCUUCCUCAAGCCACAGAGACCCUCCCCGUCUCACCAGGCGUGCAAUGGCGCGAUUCAGCUCGCUGCAACCACUGCCCUGACCCCCGGGGCUCAAGCGAUUCUCCUGCCUCAGCCUCCCCAAGUAGCUGGAAUUACAGCAGCCAAGAUCGCGGGUCUCUACGAUGACUCGGAGCCACCCCGGAAGACCGUGCGCAGAGGGGUGCUGAUGACCCUGCUGCAGCAGUCGGCCAUGACCCUGCCCCUGUGGAUCGGGAAGCCUGGUGACAAGCCCCCACCCCUCUGUGGGGCCAUCUCCGCCUCAGGAGACUAUGUGGCCAGACCUGGAGACAAGGUGACUGCCCGGGUGAAGGCCGUGGAUGGGGACGAGCAGUGGAUCCUGGCUGAGGUGAUCAGUUACAGCCACACCACCAACAAGUAUGAGGUAGAUGACAUCGAUGAAGAAGGCAAAGAGAGACACAGCAUGAGCUGGCGCCGAAUCAUCCCGCUGCCCCAGUGGAAGGUCAACCCGGAGACACCCUGAGGCCUUGUUCCAGAAGGAGCAGCUCGUGCUGGCCCUGUAUCCCCAGACCACCUGCUUCUACCGUGCCCUGAUCCAUGCACCCUCACAGUGGGUAAAGCAGCCUCCAUGGGAGAGGCCAUGGGUGAUGUCAGGAACAGGCUGAUCAGACAGGCGGGGGGUCCUUGUUUGGGCCAGGGCAGGGCAUGGAGCCCAGGUGAGGCAGGAAAGGUAGUCAAGGAGACAACCACCUUCUCAGGAUGCUGCGGCCUUGGUGACCGCACGGCCAACACAGUAAGCCUCAGCAUUUGCCUGAUCACUGAGCUCAAGCAAAGCUAUCUUCAGUAGGGACUUUCCCUUUGGAGAACAUGUGCAUUUUCAUUUUACCUGUCCUCAAACUGACCCUUUGCUCAUUUUAAUAGUAAAAACCACACCCCUGGGUGGAGAUUUAAAAUGCUAAUGAGAUAUGCAUCCUAGGAACAAGCAUGUAUAGCAAAUGCCCAUGUGCACCCAGAGGACCACCCAGAACAUGCUUACUAGUGACGCCUCUUCUCACCCAUUAUGAACAGUUGUGUAAGACUCCCAUAACGGGAGUUUUUCUUGCAGUAAUCAACACUGUCCCACCCUGAGGAGCAGCCCAUUCUGAACUCACUCAAGGUGUAUUGUCUAUUCUGCACUUAACUUUCAAAAUACUGUUUUGUUUUGCAAUAAGUUACUCCAUGCUGC